AUGUCAAUAAUGUGGACAGUGAAGGUGCUCGGCCUGGGUGUGGUGGCCCUCUCUCUCAGUCUGGAGCUGAUUGGCCGCCUCCUCCGUCGCCUCAGGCCUGAAAGAACCCUCAAUGAGGUCCUCUUCUUUCCCUCAGAGAUAGCCUGCGUGGAGCACAUCUUCACUCCCUCUUCACCUCAUUCCUGUUUCUGCUUGUUGCCUCAUGAUGUGGAGACCUCUUUCUCCCGUCUUCUCCGACGAAUCCUGUCUGCUUCCUCCUCUCUGGACUUGUGUGUCUUUGCCUUUUCCAACAUGGACAUGAGCAGGGCCAUAGUAGCACUGCAUAGCAGGGGCGUCACCAUCCGAGUCAUCUCUGACAAGGACUACGCAGCCAUCACAGGCUCCCAGAUUGGGGUCCUCCGCAAGGCCGGUAUCUGUGUGCGGUGCAACGUGGCCUCCGUGUACAUGCAUCACAAGUUUGCAGUGGUGGACGGCCGGCUGCUCAUCACCGGCUCCCUCAACUGGACGCUGACAGCAGUGCAGAGCAACAUGGAGAACGUCCUCGUCACCGAGGAGCCAGACCUGGUGCGACCCUUCAUCAAGGAGUUCCACAGGAUAUGGGAGCACAAUGAUCCGACUCAGCACCGCCGCUCAAGUGACCAAAGACCUGCUCGUGGUACCACCAGACUUGAGACAGAUUAG